AUUUGUGUAGAACCAAAAUGGCUGCAGCUGUAUUUUGACGUAUAAUAGCUAGCUUCUUUUCUUUUUGUUUCAUUCUUGGUAGAAAACUAGCAAACGACAGACUUUUUGGAGGAACUGUAUAUUGCCACCCUCCGUAUACUGGUGUCAUAGUUUAUAUCUUGAAGACAAUCAAGACUGACACUUAUUUGUUGAACUAGUUGGACUAUGCAUAUUCAGUUCUAAUACAGGCUAGCUAGCUGGCUCUGGCUGGCACACAUCAAAGCAGUUGUAAGUGUAAAAGCUAGCUAACCUAGCUGCGAUGGAGGAGUUGAGCGCAGAUGAGAUUCGCAGAAGGAGACUGGCACGACUGGCAGGUGGACAGACGUCACAGCCCAGCACCCCUCUCAGCACACCCCUGACAUCCCCACAGAGAGAGACCCCCCCUGGACCCCUCCCUGGACCCUCAGGUGUUGCCCCCCAGCCACCAGCUGCCUCUCAAUCAUUGGGGCUCAAUGUCCACAGUUGUACACCGGCCACAUCCCCUAUGGGCACCUCUGGGGUGGCAUAUGGAAGUCAGAGCAGUGAGGGUGUGAGCUCCCUCUCCAGCUCCCCCUCCAACAGCCUUGAGACUCAGUCCCAGAGUCUGUCCCGGUCGCAGAGCAUGGACAUUGACACUGCCUCCUGUGAAAAGAGCAUGUCCCAGGUGGAUGUGGACUCAGGGAUCGAGAACAUGGAGGUGGAGGACAGUGAUCGCAGGGAGAAGAGGAACUUGACUGACAAGGAAACCUCUGCAAACUCAGAUGUCUCAGAAGAACAGGCUCUGCAGCUCAUUUGUAAGAUCCUCCGCGUAUCGUGGAAGGAGCAGGACAGAGAUGUCAUCUUUCUCCCUUCACUGGCUGCAGAGUUCCACCAGAACCCUAAAGAUGUAUACUCUGACUUCAAAGACCUGAUUGGCCAGAUCCUGAUGGAAGUCUUAAUGAUGUCCUCCCAUUCACGCGUCCAAAACCCAUUCGCCAGCUUGACCGCCACCUCUCAGCCAAUUGCUGCAGCCAAAUCCCCCGACCACCGCCUGACGCUGGUGCAGCCCUCCAGCCAAGGUGGCAGCCCGAUGGGCCCCAGUGCAGGGUCCUUUGGGGCCAGCUCUCUGUCCAGUCUGUAUGGGUGUGGUAGUCCUCACCCGAUGGCUUUGGAUGCAGCCAAUAGGACCUCCCCAUCUCUCCCCAGUCCUACUACACCCUCUCUACCUUCCACACCCUCUACCCCACAGUUCAUUGUGCCCCCUAGCCCAACUGCUACUACCGCUCUGAGACCAUCUCUCAACCCCCCAUCUGCCCCCAUGCCCAUCUCCCAGCGCUAUCGGCCUUACUCUGUCACCUCUCCCUGGGGGGCUCCUUCCCCAUCCAGCCCUGGUCAAAGAGGAUUUACCUUCUCUGGACCCUCUCCUAGCCCCGCAGGACCCUCUGUUCCUCCAAACACCCCAGUUCCUGUUCCACCAACCAGCCCCCAGACCCUCACCCUGAGCUCAUCUAGGGCUCACAACCAAGCCUCCUCCACACCCAUUGUGCCCCCUUCUCCCAGAACGAAUGCCCGACAGUCUGCCUUUGCUUCCAGGAUCCCACCAUCUAGUCUUGUUUGUGGAGGGGGGAUGUCCUGCGAUACAGCCAGCGACCGCUUCACCAUUGAAACAUGUAAAGAGACAGAGAUGCUGAACUACCUCAUUGAGCGCUUUGACAGUGUUGGCAUGGAAGAGAGGAAAGCUCCCAAGAUAUGCAGCCAACCAAAUGCCAGCCAGCUUCUCAGCAACAUUCGCUCUCAAUGUAUUUCCCAUGUUGCCCUCGUCCUGCAGGGCACCCUGACACAGCCACGGAGCCCUCUCCAUCAGUCUCUGCUGGUACCUUAUCUGCUGUGUCGGAACCUCCCGUACGGCUUUAUUCAGGAGCUGGUGCGCAUUACUCAGCAGGAGGAAGAGCUGUUCAGUCAGAUCUUUAUUCCCAUCCUCCGGGGGCUUGCUCUUGCAGUAAAAGAAUGUUCCUUUGACAGUGACAACUUUAAAUUUCCUCUUAUGGCAUUAGCUGAGCUUUGUGAAAUCAAGCUUGGAAAGACUCACCCAGUCUGCAGUUUGGCUACGUCUUUGCCUCUGUGGUGUCCCAAACCUCUGAGCCCUGGUUGUGGCCGAGAGAUCCAGAGACUGUCCUACGUGGGAGCCUUCUUCAGCCUCUCUGUGUUUGCUGAGGAUGAUACGAAAGUAGGAGACAAGUAUUUCUCUGGCCCUGCCAUCACCAUAGAGAACACACGAGUGGUCAGUCAGUCCCUGCAGCACUACCUGGAGUCAGCAAGGGGUGACUUGUUCAAAAUUCUCCAUAACAUCCUGCUAAAUGGGGAAACUCGCGAGUCAGCUCUUAAUUACAUGUCAGCUCUAGUCAACUACAAUGUGAAGAAAGCCCAGAUGCAGACCGAUGAUAAGCUUGUGUCGACAGACGGCUUCAUGCUCAACUUCUUAUGGGUGCUGCAGCAGCUCAGCAUGAAAAUAAAGCUGGAGACCGUGGACCCUUACUACAUUUUCCACCCCCGGUGUCGGCUUGUCGUCAGCCUAGAGGAGACGCGUGUGAAAGCCACCAUGGAGGAGCUCAAGAGCUGGCUGACUGACAUGCAGGAUGACCCAAGCAAGUUCUCAGAACCCAAGUUCCCCACCGAGUGUUUCUUCUUGACGCUUCACGCCCACCAUCUGUCCAUCCUGCCUGGCUGCAGGCGUUACAUCCGCAGGUUGCGGGCUAUCCGAGAACUGAACAGGACUGUAGAGGAGCUGAAGAACAGUGAGAGCCAAUGGAAAGAUUCUCCUCUAGCUAGUCGGCACAGAGAGAUGCUCAAGAGAUGCAAAACCCAGCUCAAGAAACUGGUGCGAGCCAAAGCUUGUGCUGACGUGGGCCUUCUGGAUGAGAACCUGCUCCGCAGAUGUCUGCAGUUCUACAGCACAGUCAUCCAGCUCAUUCUGCGCAUGGUGGACCCCGCCUACCCCAACAUUAACCUGCCACUGCACCCGGAGAUUCCUAAAAGCUUUGCUGCUCUGCCCGAGUUCUACAUUGAAGAUGUGGCAGAGUUUCUGCUUUUUGUCGUGCAGUAUUCCCCCCAGGUUUUAUAUGAGCCCUGUGUGCAGGACAUAGUCACCUUCUUGGUGGUGUUCAUCUGCAGUCAGAACUACAUCAGGAACCCUUACCUUAUCGCCAAGUUGGUGGAGGUGCUGUUCGUCACCAACCCUGCCGUACAGCCUCGUACUCAGCGCUUCUCUGAAAUGAUGGAGAACCACCCGUUGUCUAUCAAGCAGCUGGUUCCCGCCCUCAUGAAGUUCUACACUGAUGUUGAGCACACCGGAGCCACCAGCGAGUUCUAUGAUAAGUUCACUAUACGGUACCAUAUAAGCACUAUCUUCAAGAGUCUGUGGCAGAACCUUGCCCACCAUGGCACCUUCAUGGAGGAGUUCAACUCUGGCAAGCAGUUUGUGCGCUACAUCAACAUGCUGAUUAAUGACACCACCUUCUUGUUAGACGAGAGCCUUGAGUCCCUGAAGCGUAUCCACGAAGUUCAAGAAGAAAUGAAAAAUAAGGAGCAGUGGGACCAGCUGCCUAGGGAGCAGCAGCAGAGCCGGCAAUCCCAGCUGACUCAGGAUGAGCGUGUGUCUCGUUCCUACCUGGCCCUCGCCACAGAGACGGUUGAAAUGUUCCACAUCCUCACCAAGCAGGUCCAGAAGCCUUUCCUCAGGCCUGAGCUGGGGCCUCGUUUAGCCGCCAUGCUAAACUUCAACCUCCAGCAGCUCUGCGGGCCCAAGUGUCGGGACCUGAAAGUAGAAAACCCAGAGAAGUAUGGCUUUGAGCCCAAGAAGCUCUUAGACCAGCUGACUGACAUCUACCUGCAGCUAGACUGUGCACGCUUUGCUAAAGCCAUUGCAGAUGACCAGCGGUCGUACAGCCGUGAGCUCUUUGAAGAGGUCAUCUCGAAGAUGAGGAAGGCUGGUAUUAAGUCUUCUAUUGCCAUUGAAAAAUUCAAGCUGCUAUCGGACAAGGUGGAGGAAAUAGUCGCCAAGAACUCCCAAUCCGAAAUGGACUACAGCGACGCACCUGACGAGUUCAAAGACCCUCUGAUGGACACACUGAUGACUGACCCUGUGAUAUUGCCUUCGGGAAACAUCAUGGACCGAUCCAUCAUCCUGCGCCACCUGCUCAACUCCCCCACUGAUCCCUUCAACAGGCAACCUCUCACAGAAAGCAUGCUGGAGUCAGUCCCUGAGCUGAAGGAGAGGAUCCACACCUGGAUGAGAGAGAAACAGGGCGGACGGCCUGUCUGAGAACACCUACGCCUGGCCUGUUAACCAUCAUUAAAAGAGCUGUCCAUCGACUGAAUUCAGUGUCACGACUACAAAAAAACCCAUUUGAAUGGGGAAAAAAAAAGAGCUGAUUUGAUUUUAUUCGCAUUUACCCUUUUUUGUCUCAAACCAUUAUCAUGGUUCUAAAAACAAAAUAUAAUAAAGUUAAGACUUUUACGUUUUUUUUUCCUCAUGAGUUUGUGUAUAUAUAUAUCAAAAUAUAUACAUAUAUUUAACAAAAGUUAGAUAAUGCAUUAUAGUGCUGCAAGAAUACGUUUCCAACACCAACGGGGUUACCAGCAAGAUGCAUAGAGUCCAUUCAUUGAUCAUUUUCCUUUAAGGUUCUCAUUUUGUUUUGUACUACUCUGUAUGUUGGCUUUAUUAAAGACUUGUGGUUUUAGGGAGAGGGGAGAGGGGAGGGCAAUACAUGUGGGAGAUUGUGGGUGGGUUCUGAUAAAAUUGCUAUUUCCGAGUUUUCAUUAUCAAGACUGUGACAAUGAUAAACUUGAGUCCACAUAAUGUUUGCUGAUGUUCCAGAGCUAUGUGCUUGUAGUUCAGAACUGGGAAUAUCCAUUAAGGAUGUAGUUUAAAGCAAACUAAUCCUAAAUGUCAGCUUCUUUUUGAGUACAGUAGGAAGAUAAGCAGUGUUUCACGAAAUACUGUAUGUUCAGUCUUUCCUUUUUAGACACAUUUCCCCUGCUGACUUCAAUAGACUGAAAUUACUUCUGUGUGCAUGGCCUCAAGUCCAGAACCUCCUAAGCGCCUCAUGGACAAAUAACCCUCUUUUAGGCGACCUGGAAAGAACGUGAGAGAAUGUAGCAUGACCACCAGAAACACCAUUGUAGGAGCACACCAUUAAACGUCUGCUCUUCAGAACCACUGACCUCCCCCGUCAAGAUGGUCUCGUUUUAAUGGCACUGUACGUAACAUGACCGUACUGACCUUAACUGUACAGGAAAAGAUUUCCUUUAACCACAGACUUGUUUUGGAAGCUAGGAUUUUGAACUGAAAUAAAUGAUGAUGCACAUUA